AUGUCAACAAUAAAGUCCAGAAUCUUAUCAAAAUCGGAGAUUGAACACAGAAUAGCGACUGGAGAUGCCAUAGUGAUAUAUCAAGACAAUGUUCUUAAACUAAACAAAUGGAUCGAUAAACAUCCCGGUGGUGAUAAAGCUGUUUACCAUCUAAUUGGCAGAGAUGCGACCGACGAAAUGAUAUCCUAUCAUUGUGAUGGAACUCAAUCCACUUUUCUACGUUGGUCUAUAGGAAAAAUCGAUCAUAAAUAUAAGUGGGAAAAUUUCCUACCUCCAAUUCAAGGUGGAAUCUACAGGACUUAUGAAGAACAGAAUCAACAAAAUGAUUCAGAAACCUCAACUUUAACUGCCUCAUGUACCGAUUCUUCCACAGCUCCAAUAGGAACCUCAUCUGUUAAAAUUAUACCCAAGGCUCCUCAAUGUGAAAUUUUAACAAAAGAAAAGUUUUAUUAUUUUGAAAAGCGUGUAAUCAGAGAUCCAGAAGAUGUAAUCGAUAACUAUGAUAACGAUCUAGCUAUACAAGACUUGAAUUCAAUUCCAUCACUAGACUACAAAACCCAGGAGUUUUUAUCGAAAAAAUACAAUCAACUACAUGAAAAUGUUAUUGCUCAAGGUUUCUAUCAAUGCAAUUAUUGGUGUUAUUUCAAGGAAUUUUGUAGGAUAUCUUCACUAAUGAUGUUUUCUGCUUCUUUAUUCAAAACCAAUCAUUUAUUUUUUUCUGCUGUACUACUAGGUGCUGCAUGGCAGCAAAUGACUUUUAUUGCUCAUGAUGCUGGUCAUAUAUCGAUAACACAUAAUUAUCAAAUCGAUAACCUUAUUGGGAUGACUGUCGCUGAUUGGUUUGGUGGGCUAUCCUUAGGUUGGUGGAAGCGUAACCACAAUGUCCAUCAUUUGAUCACAAAUGAUCCUAUUCAUGAUCCAGAUAUUCAGCACUUACCUUUUUUUGCGGUAUCAACAAGACUCUUUAAAAAUGUUUAUUCGACUUAUUACGAUAAGUAUCUAUAUUACGAUAAAGCUGCUCAAUAUUUUAUAAAAUUUCAAGAUUAUUUAUACUAUCCUGUUCUAUGUUUUGGCAGAUUCAAUCUUUACAGGUUAUCCUGGACUCAUCUUUUGCUCGGUUUAGGUCCAAGAAAAGGCAAAGCUGCUUGGUUUCGUUACUAUGAAUUACUAGGUUUAUCCUUUUUUUUCUAUUGGUUUUUUUAUUUGAUAGUUUAUUCUCGUAUUGAUGGUUGGGGUGCAAGACUACAAUAUGUUCUAGUAUCUCAUAUAACUACAAUGGUUGUUCAUGUUCAAAUUACUCUAUCUCAUUUUGCAAUGUCAACCUCCGAUUUAGGUGUUUCUGAAUCAUUUGUUUCAAAACAACUAAGAACAACGAUGGACGUAGACUGUCCUGAAUGGUUUGAUUACUUUCAUGGUGGUUUGCAAUACCAGGCUAUACACCAUCUUUUCCCCAGAGUUCCAAGACAUAAUUUUAGAAAGCUUCAACCUUUGAUCAUCGAUUUUUGUAAUGAAGUUGGUCUUAAAUAUACUAUCUAUGGUUUUGGAAAAGGUAAUAAAGAGGUUAUUAAUAAAUUAGGUGAAAUCGCUAGGCAGGCUAAAAUUUUGGCUGAUUGUACAAAGAGCAUGAAAAAAGAAGCACAAGGUUUUAAGAGACCAUGA